CAGGAACACAACUGUGUGGAGGACGGCAUCACACUGACAUACUCAGUUUUUCUCUCUGGAUUUUAACCAUUUUCCUCUGUUUGCUUGUAUUUCUGUUGGUGAUUCUAGUGCCUGGAACAUGGCACUUCUCUCAGACAAGGGUUAUUCCGGGAUUGAACUCCUAGACCUGCUCCUCGAGCCCCAUAAGGUCCCUCAUAUGGAGAGCAAAGGUGACCAGUGCAACCCCACGUGGUCAAUCACAGAUCAAAGCAUUCUGUGUCAUGAUGAAGGUGUUGUUGAUAACUUCCUGGACUCCCUGUUGCAAGCGUCAGAUGGCGUGUCGCAGCCCUGCUCUCCUCUCUGGGUCCCCUCACCCUCUGACAGCGGAAUCAGUGAUGACACCCCCUCCGACCACCUUGACAGCCCACCGCCGCCCGCCAGCCCACUUUUUGACACGGUCUUCCUCCCUCAGCAUCCUCAUCUUCUUCCUCAGCAUCUUCAGCAGCAGGACGCACCUGUCACAAACACAGAGCCUGAUAUCUCCAUUGAUCUGGCAGAUUGGGAGGCCUGCCUGUUCUCUGAAGGUCUGACAGACUCUCAGUGCACAUCAGCAGUGCCGAGAACUCUACCAGCCACCGUUUACCAGCUCACCGUAAAAGACCUGCUGCUCUCCAACAUCGGAGAAGCGUCGAAACCCUCUGCCCAGCAAUCCCAGCAAGAACUGAUUCUCAAUGAAGAUGAGGUGAAACUUUUAGUCAAGGAAGGAGUCAGUCUUCCCAGCCAACUGCCACUUAACAAGUACGAAGAAAAGAUUUUGAAGAAGAUUCGGAGGAAAAUCCGCAACAAGCAGUCGGCGCAGGAGAGUCGCAAGAAAAAGAAGGAAUAUAUAGACGGACUGGAGGGCAGGAUGGCUGCCUGCAGCGUUCAGAAUCUGGAAUUACAGAGGAAAGUCCUCCAGCUGGAGAAGACCAACACGUCUCUGAUGGAGCAGUUACGCCGGCUGCAGUCUCUGGUGAUGAACGGCUCCAGUAAACCGGCUCAGACAGGAACCUGCAUCCUGGUGCUGGUCAUCUCUUUCUCUCUCAUUCUCAUCCCGAGCCUACAGCCCAUCUCACACAGGAGGGCCGCUGACCCCGGGGACUUCAGCACCGCGAAAGUUCAGUCCAGGUCACUGCGCUCGGUGAUGGAGGUCUACAGCAUCCAGCCUGGCUACUCAGUCAACAGGGAUGUGGACGUGUCCUCCUCUCACGGCAAGCUUCGGCUCAGGCCCGAGUACGCCGACAUGGACCCUCUACAUCACAACCACAGCUACAGAGACGGUGAGCAUCACCACGGAGAUGCCAUCACGGGCCACGCCGCCACACUGAGGUGGAAAACGCAUCAUGAGAAAGACAGGAAGUGAUGUCACGGAUUGGCGCACUUUGUAUCAGACGUUUGACCAAGGCAUCGCUGCUCAUUCUGGCCACUGACAGGAAGUUACUGUCUGAUUGACAUGCAAAGCAGCCAACCGCUGUUUGUUUUGCUUGUACGUGGCAUUUAGGUGCAGGUUUAUCUGAACAGAUUAUACUGCAAUAACAGACUGGAACUGUAAAAAUAUAAAAUGUUGCGAAAAAGUAGAUAUUUUAUAGACACUUUAGUUGAACUGCUAAUAACGCACCUUAACUGUAUUGUGAGUAUUGUACAAUGCAAAUACAUUAACCUGGUAAAUUUAGUGACUGUUUCAUCCUCAAGCGUUCAUUGCAUCAACAUUUGGUAACAUGGAUCAUUUCCAGUGCUCAGAGUAUCAUACAAAGAUUUGAUGCCCUGGCAAACUUUGGCAAAUCUAGUGAUUAUUUCAUCUUCAAGUGUUCAUUGCAUCAACAUUUGUAAGCAUGUGAUAAUGGCAUUGCUGCUCAUUCUGCUCCAAAAAACGCCCACAGACAGGAAGUGACCAUCUGACUGACACGCAAAGCAACCUACCGCAGGCUGUUUUGCUUUUAGCAUUUAGCGUGGGUUUAUCUAAAUAUAUUAUACUGCAAUAACAGACUAGAAUUGGAGAAAUAAUUAUGCAAAUCAUGAUGCAGCACCAUGCAAAACGUUGUGCAGACAACACAAAAAAUAGUAUGAAAUAAAAAGAAAACCUACAUAUUUCAUACAUGCUUAAGUUUAUUUGCGAAUAACGCACCAAAACCAAACUUAGAGUAUCAUACAAAGAUUUCAAACCUGGCUAACUUUGGCAAACCUAGUGACCAUGUCAUCCUCAAGUUCAUAGCAUCAACAUUUGUAAGCAUUUGACUAUGAUGUCGCAGCUCAUUCCAGCCACAAACAGGAAGUGACCGUCUGAUUGACAUGCAAAGCAACCAACCACAGUCUGUUUUGCUUUUAACAUUUAGGUGUGGGUUUAUCUAAACAGAUUAUACUGCAGCAAUAUAUUGAAAUUGCAAAGCAUGCAAAAGUUGUAUAGAAAACACAAAAUUUGUGUAAAAUAGUGUAAAAUGAUGCAAAACAACAACAACAACAAAAUCCAAAUCACAGAUGCUCACAGAGAAUCGUACAAAGAUUUGAUGCAACUAACCUGGCAAAUCUAGUUACUAUUUCAUCCUCAAGCACUCAUUCAACAUUUGUAAGCAUUUUACAUUUGAAAACACACACAUGCUUAUCGGAAUAGAUUCCACUACAAAAACACACUGGAAUCGGAAAAUAAGUAAAGCAAAUAAUGAUGCAGCAGACUAUGCAAAACCAAGAAAAAUAAAGUUUAUAUUUAAUAGAUGCUUAAUUUUACUUGCAAAUAAUGUACCUUAAACAAACUGUAUUGUACAAAGACAUCAUGCAAAUAACCUGGCAAAUCUAGUGACUAUUUCAAGCAUUCAUUGCAUCAACAUUUGUAAACAUUAAUUGUUUUUUUAGUGCUACUACUCCCUUAAAUUGCAUAAAACCAGCAGAUCAGAUUUGAUAUCACUACUUCUAAAGAGUUUUGUAGUAGGCUAUGCAUCCACAAAUUUGCACGAAAGUCAAAUGUUGGCCUGUGUUUUAUACGUUGCCGUUGGGGAAGAGAUUAAUCAAUGGGAAUUGGCCUAACACGGCACAUCACAUCAAAAGCAGACGCUCCUGCCAAGAGGUGUGCGGAUCACCGUGCCAAGAUCUGCUUCGCCUCGGCCACUUGAUCAACUCAGAUUGAUGCACAGAGCUCAUCUAAUUUGAGCACAAUCAAGCAGCUGCACGAGCGCAAAGUACCGACCUACAACUGGCUGUUAAAUCCAGACAUUCAUUAAUGUAAGUUUAUCUCCAGCACUAUUUUCUCUGCAUCUAUCGCCCUUAAUAUUUAUCUGAAGGGUUGUUUUUGUUUGUAAUGUUGUUCUGCACAGAACUCCCUCGAGUGUUUUGACUCACUGUCAAAUGCGGUUCCUGAAUGCUAAACAACUUUGUUGCUCCGUAAACUAUGCACAGUCCAUUUAGUGUUAUAUUCAACACGCAGCAGACAUGAACCCUAAAAUGGCUAUGAAUGUGGACGUUUGUUCAAGCAGGUAUUUGCUCUUUCUCACUCCACCUCCAUGAACCUCCAGGAAGGUGUUGCCUGACUAUCAGAAUAUGUAUAUAAUUGGACCCGUGGAGUACUGCACAUCUCGAGACCUCAGCGUUAAACAGCGCAUCAUGAAUGGUCAAGGGCACACGCUGCUUUCCAUUCGUUAAAAAUCACCUUUCGUUCCAACAUGCACCAGAGUUUCAGGUGCAGCUACUGAUGUGGUGCGCUUUAGAGGUGAAUGAGGGGCGGCGAAGAAUAACAAUUACCUGUUUCACACGAGGACAGUGCUUUUGCAUCAAAACUGCACCGCAGGCGGCUCCUGGCACACAGUGCAGCUCCAGGAAAUACAGCACAACCUUGGACAGAACGAGCUGCUUUGUUUUCUUUCUGCACAGCUCUCCUUUGGGCUUUUCAUUCUUUUCAUUUUUUUACUCCUUUUUUUUAUACAUUACAUAAUUGAAGCAUUGAGAAUAUUAUUGAUCAACUGGCCAACAGUAAAUGAGUAUGUGAAAUUGUAUUUUCUGAGAUAAAGGUUUCAAGAUUUUCCAACAUUGUGGUAAAAUCUGAAUGUAUUUAUUUCCUACCGCUUUGUAUUUUUAGAAAAUAUUCUGACUUGAAUGAUGUUUCCAGAUGUAAAUAAAUGAC